AUGACGUCCAAACAACCAAACCCGCCUCUAGAUCCUAUGGACUUUUUCCCCUUCCGUGGGCAAUACGGAGGAGAUUCUAUUGGCACGGUCUUCUUCGUAAUGGUCCGCCUAGCAGUUCCCGUCAUCUCGUACUCCCUCCUCGCUCCACCUACAACCGCACUUUCAGCUUUCCGUCGCUUCCCAUUCCUGCUUCCAUCGACAGCAGCCCCAAGCGGCUCUUUCGAUCUCCCAUUUGUUCCAAAUACACUUCUGAGUUUCCUCCACCAGGCUUUCGGUCUUCAACCAUACCCAGUGAUAAUCUUUCUCGGCGCCACUCUACCCACAUUCUCCUUCAUCGCCUACUCAUCCCUCUGGCGACGAGAGCGAUUCCCCAUGACCGGACAAGGAGGUUCUCUUCAAGUCACAACACAAGUAAAUCUCGUCGACAUCAUGCACUCGAUCCUCUUUGUCUACCUCGUUUCCAACAACCCUACAUGGUCUGCAUCACUAUUUCGAUGGAUGCCAGUCCCGUUCGUCUUCGGAUUGAUCCUCCAUGUCUGGUCAGACCACAGCAAGUAUCUCUUCCGCAAAGAUUCGAGGAAUAAAGGGAAGGUAUAUACCAGCGGUCCCUGGGGUGUGAUUCGGCAUCCAAAUUUUCUGGGAUUCUCGAUUUGGAGAACUGGGUUUGCGACAGCAGCUGGAGGGUGGGCUUUCGGAGGGAGCAUGUUGUUGGGAUUUAUAUACCUCUUCUAUGUUACAUCGAUACCUAUUCUGGAGAGGUAUAUGAAGGGGAAAUAUGGGAAGCAGUGGGAGGUUGUUACUCAGAAGGUGAGAUGGAAGUUCUUGCCAGGGAUCUGGUGA